AUGGCGCGGAGAUUUUCAGAGAUGACAGAGGACGCAUUGCUGGAAGGAGGACGAUCCGCGCGCAAGAAUAUACAGGAGGCGGGGUUUUCGGAGGAUCUAAAGGCAAAGCUCGAGGAGAGACUUGCUGGGAGUACGUUCAAGAAUGAGUAUGCUGCUGCUUAUUCGAUUGUAAAUAUGCCGGAGAGCGCCGGACAAGGAACUCAAGACAUCGCCGGAUCCACGCCCUGGUCUGGAGCAGAAGAACUCCCCGACAUCACUCUCCGAAUGUUAGAUGACGCGAAGCCGAAACCAAUCCGCACUCCCUAUAAAAUCCCCCAGCCUAAUCCCGUCGACUUCCGCAUCAGCCCCAAGCGCAAACUCUCGCCCGGUGUCCGGAUCGCAGAAGCCAAAGAGCGUACCGCCAUUUUCAAUCUAAGCCAGAGCCCUGGACUUACAGACAAAGAACGCGAGAGUAUACGGGAAGAGCUGCGCGAGAGAUUCACGCCAGGUGCUCGACCAAUGCCCGUGUCCGUCCAGGGCUUCGCGUCGCUUGCCAACGAACGAAUCGAAGAUGCCAUCGCGCGGGGGCAGUUUAAGAACAUCAAACGAGGCAAGGGUAUAAAUACCGAAGUCGACCAUAAUGCAAACAACGCGUUCAUGGAUACAACUGAGUAUCUCAUGAACAAGAUGAUCCAGAGACAGGAGAUUGUUCCGCCGUGGAUCGAGAAGCAGCAAGAGCUCGCGAAAGAGGUCGAUCGGUUCCGUCAGCGCUUACGCGCUGACUGGAGGAGGCACGCUGCGAGAAUGAUUGCGAGCGAGGGAGGGCCUCUGGAGGAGCAGAUGAGGCGUGCUCGGGCACAUGCUGCCGCAGAGGCACGACUGGCUGAGAGGGCAAGGAUUGAGAAAGCUUUUCAGGAAAAUUGCUCGGAACCCGUGACAGAGUCAGCAAUAGAGCCGUCCUCUUCCACCCCAGAGAUACAACCCGAAAAGAACGACGAAAAUCUACCACAUUUGCCCCCUCUCCGUGACCAUGAUUAUCUCUCUAUCGAACGCCCAUACCACGAAGUCACAGUGAAGAAUCUCAACGCACUAGCUCGCUCAUACAACCUCCAAGCACCACCAGUUGCACAAAAACCCUAUAUAAGUCUCGACCGCGAAUUAUCCUCUUGUUUCGCAGAUGUAGCGCCAUCCCUGGCCGACGAAAUAAAACGCAGGGCAACGGAGAAGGUUCACGGUCCGUCGACGAUGGUACAUCAGAAGACAUCGUCUGUCAUAGACUCAUUGAGCACUACGCAGGCUUCUCAUGUUUUUGAUGAAGACAAGUCGAAGAGUUAUGGGUUUAGAGAGUUUUGGCGAGAUUUAUUUUCGAAGGGUAGGUAG